GUAAAAAGCAGAUUGGGACAACGGCGGCAAAAUACAGCAGUCACAAGGCAAACUGUUCUUGCUGAAGAAUAACCACAACGGCCUUUCAUAAUCUUUUUACAUCGAAAUGGGGGAGCAGCCGAUUUUCAGCGCCCGGGCCCAUGUAUUCCAGAUUGACCCCGCAACCAAGAGGAACUGGAUCCCAGCCAGCAAACAUGCGGUCACCGUCUCUUUCUUCUAUGACACCAACCGCAAUGUCUACCGCAUCAUCAGUGUGGGCGGGACUAAGGCAAUCAUCAACUGUACAAUAACACCAAGCAUGACAUUCACCAAGACCUCCCAGAAGUUUGGCCAGUGGGCUGACAGCAGGGCCAACACAGUCUAUGGUCUGGGGUUUGCAACAGAGCAGCAGCUGCAUCAGUUUGCAGAGAAAUUUAAGGAAGUGAAAGAUGCAGCUCGCCUGGCUCGGGAAAAGUCACAAGAUAAAGAACUGGCCAACACAGCUCUCACCAUUGCUGCUCCUCAGGACCUCUCAGAUGAACUGCAAUCUCCACCAGUGAUGUGUGUGAAUGGGCCUGAGGACAAGCUGUUCAGAAGCCAAAGCGCAGACAUCACCCUGUCUUCUGAGAAGGAGCGCAUCAAAAAGAUGCUUUCUGAAGGGUCGAUCUGUGAGAUUAACCUGGAAGCAGAGCUUUUCACCCUGCAGGACAGCAAUGGCAAGCUGGUGGCUGCGCUACAUGAGGCUAAUGCUAAUGUGGAGCAGUGGAAGAAGCAGCUUGCUGCAUAUCAGGAGGAGACUGAGAGGCUGCGAGAACAGGUAUCUGACUUGGAAGCCCAUGGAGGUCAAGGCCCCAGCGAUCUGCUCAAGGAUGAGUUGACCCAGUCACUGGAGGAGUUGGAAGCUCUGCUUAAGGCCAAAGAUGAGGAAAUUCACAUUCUGCAGAGCAAGAAAGUAGAGUACCAUGAGAUGGAACAAGAAAGAGACGAGGCCCUUCACAGAUUACAGGAGAUGGAGAUGCGGAACACAGAGCUGGAGAGGCGCAUCCAGAAUACAGAGCAGAACUUAAAUAGCUCCCUUGAGGAACGAGAUCGCAUGGACAACGAGAUCCAGAGGGCAAUCGAAAUCCUGGACAUCAAGAUCUUUGACCUGAAUGACCUCCGGCAGAGCCUGCUCAAGCUCAUCGACAAAUAAGAAGGGUAGAAUGAAGUGAUACAACCCUUCAUAAAAGAUGGGAGAUACAGAGGAUGACAGAGAUCAAUUAUAACAGUCAGUCCAGAUAGGACAAAAGUAAGAAGGUGCUGGUCCGGGUCUUCUUUAAGCACAAACACCACCUUGGCUCCAGGAAGAUUGAAGCUGCACCAAGAUCCUUUAGAAGCAGUGGCUGUACUCUACUCAACUAAGCAUAGGAUUUGACAUUGCCUAAAUACUGCAUAAAUACGAUUGUCUGUCAAAUCUAAUAGUGCUCAUGUUUCAUGUUGCUUUUGUGAGUAACACUGAAUGCAAUACACUAAGGUAAGAUAAGUACUUAACAGUGGAAGACAAGGACAGGUGGUUGUUGUUUUUCCAUUUUUUUCAGAGGAACUCACUUUUGUAAAAAAAAAAUGGGGAUGCGUUUUCAGGAUGUUUGAUAUGAAUCAAUGUUUCAGGUGGCAGGUGAUAUAACAAAUUAGUGCUCUAGAUAUGCAGCAACACAAAAAAUGGGUCGUAGAAACUAAGUGGACAUUUUAAAAAAGGGUAGUAGAGGAAAAUAUUUUCAUAUUCCUAUUUGUCCAGUCGCCUGAAUGCCUGCAUUAAAUGCUAGUUAUCAUUGAGCAACACCGAAAAAAACUCAAGACUGAUUUAAUUGAAAUCACACUGUUGUCCACAGUAUUGCAUUCUCUCUGACAAUAGGGCUAUGUCAGCUUUAAUAAGUAUUAUCAAAAAUAUUUACAUUUUCAUUGUUUAUACUAGUGAAUUUGCAUAUAAAACUAAGUGGCCAUUGUGGAUACUCUCCUACAUGAAUAUGCACAAAAUGUAGGCAAGUGUCAAGGCACAAUGGCAUGUGAAUGAUAACUUGGCAAAGCAUGAACAAUAAAUUCAAAAAAUAAGGGUAGGUGUGAUUAUAAUUGUGUUAUUGCAUUAAGCUACAAAACACCAAAGAUAAAAUAUUAAGAGCACAAAUGAUGGGUAAGAUCUUUAAAAGCUUGUCUAAUUUAUUCUUGUUCAUGUUUAUAAGGAAUGUAAUGUUAUAAGGGUAAGUUAACUCUUAGGUAAUUAUGGGCAAUUACUAUACAUUAGGCUUAUGAAUUUAGGACAAUUGUGUGUUUACCACUUGACUUACAUUAAUCCAUGCUACAAGUUGUCAAAAAUAAGACCUCUGCUAUAGCUCAUUGUAAAAUUUAAGCUGUCAGUAUUUGGAAUGGCCCUGUCUCAAUACUCAAAGUACUGUCUGUUCACAAACCACUGACCAGAUAAUUAUUGAUGAAAUUGAUUCAUAAUUCAACACGCUAGAGUACACAUUUAGCUUUGAAUAUACAAUAUGUUGCUUUUAAGGAAGAGUAUUAAUAUGCCCUGUCGUUUUUCAGCACUUUAACUGCUGUUUAGCUGGGGGGGGGGGCAAAAUCAUGCAUAAUUAAUCAUUUAAAAAGUAGAACGGUACAAAAGAUUUAUCAGAGAUUGAAUUGUCUAAUGUAAUCUAUUGCUAUGUUUGUAUUAUUCUUCAGUCUGUUCUAAAAUAUAGAUGUAGAUUGUUAUACCAGCUCCAUGUCUCCAGCACUGGGUUGCUGCCAUGGGGUGGAUCAAAAUAAAAGCAAGGAGCACAGUUAUUUGAAA